GCAGGGUAGUCCGCUUCAGUCUCUGUGCCGUCUCUAUCCACUCGCCCAUCCUUAGGUUGGUCAGUCACACCUAGAAGAGGACUCAAGAGUUGUGCAACACUCCCCCUACCGUGAUCUAAGGUACAGGGUCAACUGCAUCCAUUUCUUUGUCCACAAAGAGCAGGGGAAGCCGGCAAAAUUUCUUUCCUCGAGGAACUUGACAGGGAAUCGUCUGACGACGAGAUGGGUAGCGGAGCGAGCGCAGAGGAUAAGGAAAUGGCAAAGAAGUCCAAAGAGCUGGAAAAACAGCUCCAGGAAGAUGCUGAUAAGGAAGCCAAGACAGUCAAACUUCUGCUGCUAGGUGCUGGUGAGUCAGGGAAAAGCACCAUUGUAAAACAGAUGAAAAUUUUGCAUCAAGGUGGUUAUACAAAAGAAGAACAAAUGGAGUUUCGAACUAUUAUUUACGGCAACAUCCUCCAGUCAGCAAUGGCCAUCAUCAGAGGAAUGGAGAUGCUGGAUAUCAACUAUGGGUCACCAGCAUCACAGGAAGAUGCCCAGAAACUACAGAACCUGGCUGACUCCAUCGAGGAGGGCACCAUGCCCCCAGAACUGGCAGACGUCAUCAAGAGGCUAUGGAAGGAUUCAGGUGUGCAAGCCUCCUUUGAGAGAGCUGCUGAAUAUCAGCUGAACGACUCUGCUGGAUACUACUUGUGUGAAAUGGACAGAAUCUGCAAACCUGAGUACAUGCCCACCGAGCAGGAUGUGCUGAGAUCUCGAGUCAAGACUACUGGUAUCAUUGAGGAACAGUUCUCUUGCAAAGAGCUCCACUUUAGGAUGUUUGAUGUGGGUGGUCAGAGGUCUGAGAGGAAGAAGUGGAUUCAUUGUUUCGAGGGUGUGACUUGCAUCAUCUUCUGUGGAGCCCUGAGCGCUUACGACAUGGUGCUGGUAGAAGAUGAUGAAGUGAACCGCAUGCACGAGAGUCUCCAUCUCUUCAACAGUAUCUGCAACCACAGGUUCUUUGCCACAACCUCUAUUGUGCUUUUCCUAAACAAGAAAGAUCUCUUUGUGGAGAAGAUCAAGAAAGUCCACCUGAGCAUCUGUUUCCCUGACUAUGAUGGUCCCAACACAUAUGAAGAUGCCAGCAACUAUAUCAAACUUCAGUUUGAGGAGCUUAACAUGAAGAAGGGAGUGAAGGAGAUCUACUCACACAUGACCUGUGCCACGGACACAAAGAACGUUGAGAUUGUGUUUAAUGCCGUGACAGACAUUAUCAUCAAAGAAAACCUUAAGGACUGCGGUCUGUUCUAAACAGUGUCUGCUUUUUCAAAGAUUUUUCUGCCCUAUCCCCACCUGGAUUUACUCUGGUGAAGUUGCCACGGUAACUAAAGAACACCAACGGGUGGCAUGAAGGUGAAAUCUACAGGAACAAUCAAGAGUGGCCAGCUGAUCCCCAGCCAUAUAACAACCUCAAUGCCCAAACCAAACCUCUGAGUCUAGAUCCAAAUUAGGCAAAUGGGUUCUGCUCUCCAAUGGGACUCUAAAUGUAUUUUUUGACAGUUCAAACCACUUUUAGAGUCAAUGAGAGAAGGAUUGCAAAAGAAAGGGGACUUUUGAUGCUAUGAGUUAAUGAUUCUUGUAGAGAAGAUUCCUCUCAAUCUGUGUUUAAUGUCAAACCUAUAGAGGUUUGACUGUUAUUUUUUUGGUUUUAUUUCAGAGAAAGAAAAGUAAAUUUAAUGCAACAAAAAUGUGCUAUAUUAACAUCAUUGUAGUGGGACAUCAGCAUCCCAUGGUAACAUUAGAAACAUUCUUUUAUGUACAGUACUACAAAGUAUCUGGGUUUUCAGAUACUUAAACAAAAUAUAUGAAAGAUGUUUCUUUUUUAGCCCCAAACAUGGUAGGCAGGACAUUUUGUAAAUAAGAGUAGGCAAAAAAAAUUCUAUAUAAAAUGUAUAUGAAGACAUCAAUCUAUAUAUAUUUAUGAAACAGUAAUACAGUAACAUGAGAAAUUUCUAGGAAAGCAUGUUGCUUUGUUUUAAACAUGAGGUCUGAAUUUGUGGAGAUGUUCUGGAUUUAAUUGUAGGCAAAUGAAAUAAAGUCUUGCAUCAAUUCCACUGCUCGCUGG